AAUUUCUACUACAUCACCAUCCUGCGUGACCCCGUCUCCCGGUACCUGAGCGAAUGGCGCCACGUCCAGCGAGGGGCGACGUGGAAGGCGUCCCUGCACGUCUGCGAUGGCCGGUCCCCGACCACCGAGGAGCUGCCCAGCUGCUACACGGGGGACGACUGGUCGGGCUGUUCCCUGCAGGAGUUCAUGGAUUGUCCCUACAACCUCGCCAACAACCGCCAGGUCCGCAUGCUGUCCGACCUCAGCCUGGUGGGAUGCUACAACCUCUCGGUCAUGCCCGAGGAGCAAAGAAAUAAGGUUCUGCUAGACAGUGCCAAGGAGAACCUGAAGCGCAUGGCCUUCUUCGGCCUGACCGAGUUCCAGCGGAAGACUCAGUAUCUCUUUGAGAAGACUUUCAACAUGAACUUCAUCUCGCCGUUCACGCAGUACAAUAGCACAAGGGCCUCCAGCGUGGAGAUAGACGAGCAGACUCAGCGGCGCAUCGAGGCCCUCAAUUUUUUAGACAUGGAGUUGUACGAUUAUGCAAAAGACCUGUUUUUGCAGCGGUACCAGUACAUGCGGCAGAAGGAGCACCAGGAGGCGCGGCGGAAACGCCAGGAGCAGCGCAAGAUCCUGCGGGCGAAGCAAGCGCACCUGCGGGAGCGGGGGGAGAACGGCUCCAGCACUGACUACAUCGGGAACGUGGAGCGGUGGCGGCGGUAGGGAAUGAGGGACACACACACACCCCCACCGAAAAGCGAAGCAGAACCCAACCCGCCAAUCGGAGAGGACGGAGCAGUCCGGACAAAUGACGCUUCUCGAGGGUUUGAAGCAAAAAGAGGUUGAAACGUUGCCUUUGCAGUUGCCUUUGCAGUAAAUGUUGUACUGUACGUGGAACACUUAAUCUUAGCGUGUAAUUAAAUUGUCCUUUUUAGGUUUGUUGGAUUAUUUAUGAAACGCAGGAGCCAAGUAGGCUCAUCGGAAAUGGUUGCUUGGACAUUUAUUUAAAAGAAAAGGAAAAAAAAAAAUAUCCUUAAAUUAGAUAUGAGUACAAAAUGGGAUGCCGGAAAAUGUUUAUGAUGCUCAACUGAAAUCUAUCUGGGAAGCAAACUCAUUUCCUAAUAAUGAGCAUUUAGCAUACUCUCACAAUACAGUAUAUGAGCAAAACCUUUUCCCUUUGAUUUUAUCUUAAUUUUAUUUUAAUAAUGUGUUUUCAAGGGCACCGACUGCUUAUGAUAUUUACCAAGUUAAUGAAUGGACGAUGAAGGGAACAAUAAAGGUUUAGAAAAAAAUACUGACUAGUUUUAUGUAUAAUAUUGGCUUUUAAAAGGAAUAGAAGUAAUUUCUCUAGUUAUAUAAAUAUUUAAAAUUUUAAACCUUUUCUACCUACUGCUGUUUAGAGUUUUAAGCUUGGUCUAUCUCAUAUUAAAUAAAAAAAAAGACAUGCAUACUUUUCUGAACUCGAUGCCGAUGUUAAAGACACUGUUUCCAGAAUUUUUCAGGGCAGUAUGAUUUUAACCAUUCUGGAAAAUUUACAGCGCAUCUUCAUGUUUCAUAAAGCCUUUUCCAAAUUAUAAUCUUGUGACAGUGUCUAAUUUUAAGUCUUUCAUACCCAUUCGAAUGCAUAGUGCUGAAUUUAUCGUUCCUUAAUAAUUGGUGGUAUAAACUAGAUGAAAUUAUGUUGCGGAUAUUUGUGUAGUGUCUUUAAAAAAGUUGUAAAAACUCU